UCUAGCUAACGGGCACACUUGCCACAAAAACAACAAUCAACGCUCGAUGCAGAAUUAAACAAAGAGUAAUUUUGUAUUUAGAGCCUCGCACGGGCUAAAAACAAUCAAAAUGUGGAUUCAGCCCAAGGAGCUGCUCCUGCCCUCGGCAUUUUGGAUUGCCGAGAUGCACUCGAGAUAUUUUGUCCUGCAGAAGAGACGUGGUCAUGGGGAAUCCCGCGGAUUCGGUUCCAUGUUGGUGGGCACCUACGACAGCGUGAUGAACACCAAACCGGCUCCCUAUCGCAUCCUGCACCAGACGCCCUCGUCGGAGGUGUCUUACGAAAUCGCCAUUGGUAUAACCCAGGAUGAGAUUGUUAAGGAUUGGGAAUGGCUGAAAGCAAAUCUUUUUAAAGUGCUGGACGAGAUGGAGAACGAGGACGAGGUGACCAACUUCACCAUAUGCAAGAUCCAAUCUCUGUACACGCAAAACAAUCAAGAUGACACUGGGGAAUCGGCUGAUUUCAAGGUUAUGAAAUCAAAGUUUAGACAGAUUUUCAAAAUGCCCGAGGAAGAGCGUUUAGUUAACUGCUAUUCGGCCACUUAUGUAAAAAACAAGAUACCAAGGCAGGGUCAGCUUUACAUUUCGCUAAACCAUGUCUGCUUCUACUCCUACAUGCUGGGUCAAGAGAUAAAGCGUAUUAUACGCUUCGCAGAGCUUGAGGACAUCAGCCGAAAUGCGAAUACCAUCUAUCUGAAAACCACCAAUAACAUGACCUACAACUUUACAAUGCUCUUUAACGCCAGCGAGGCGCAUUUAUUGAUUGAGCAGCUCAACAAAAUGGCCAUACAGCAGCUAAUCCAUGAUCCAGAUAGUCCUGUAGUCGACCACGAUACUUCAAAUUUCUCACGGUUGGGUGCCAAAACGUCCAAGAAACCCGUGCUACUGCGCGAUUUGACAGCUCGCCAGAAAUCCGAGGAGUUCCGAAUUUAUUUUCGAUUGCCACAAUCGGAAAUAAUUGACGGAAAGAUUAAGGCUAACAUCUGGACACCCUACUCAAAGCGGUUCAAUUCGGGAUUUAUCUACUUAUCGCCGAACUUCUUUUGUUUUCGUAGCGAUGUAAAGGAUUUGGUCAGCGUUGUUAUACCCAUGAAGACCAUAAAGAGCGUUGAAAAGAAGGACGAUGGCCAGCAACGGUUCGAAAACCAAAUUGUAAUUAUUACAUCGGAGAAUGUGCCUUUCAUGUUUGCUCAUAUUGUCGACAGGGAUGUGUUAAUCUCCAAGAUCACAGACCUUCUGGCACGAAUUCAUGUUCCUGUGAGUCGCGAACGUGCCAAAUAUGAUAUUUCGUGGAGCAAGCAGACCGCGCUGAUGAACACAUUCAAGACACAGUUCAGCGCAGAGAUCAUACAGAAGCAGGAGGAAAAGAUGAUGCGCUGGGAGGCGCAUUUCCGGGACUUCGGACGAGGCAUUGGAAUGUUUCGCACAACAGAUGUGAUAAAUUUAAUAGUGGAGGGUAUUCCCGACAAACUGCGGCAGGAGAUCUGGCUGAUAUUCUCGGGGGCAAUCCACGACAAAGAGAUGAAUCCCGGACUGUACGAGGAUCUCGUAGAGAAGGCAGCCUGCAUAAAGAACUGCUUUGCCCACGACGAAAUAGAUCGGGACUUACCGCGUUCGCUGCCCGAGCAUCCGGCAUUUCAAAGCACUGAUGGCAUAGGUGCUCUGCGGAGAGUCCUUCAGGCCUAUGCACUGCGCAACCCACAAGUAGGCUACUGUCAGGCCAUGAAUAUUGUGUCGUCGGUGUUCCUGCUCUUCUGUGAUGAAGAGAAUGCCUUCUGGAUGCUGGCCAGCCUCUGCGAGAACCUACUACCGGAUUACUACAAGGAUAAGGUAGUGGGCGCCCAAAUCGAUCAAGGUGUGCUUAACGAACUGGUGGAGACGCAUUUGCCCGAUUUGCACGGCCACCUGGAGCAGUUAGGAGUGAUUAAGAUGAUUUCCAUUUCCUGGUUUCUUACCAUCUUCAUGAGCGUGAUCAGCUACGAGAGCUCGCUGCACAUCCUGGACUGUUUCUUUUACGAGGGCGCGAAGAUUAUCUUUAUGAUUUCACUGCAAAUCAUUGAAUGGAACAGGGAAAAGCUGCUGCACUGCCAGGAUGAUGGCGAAGCCAUGCUAGUUUUGCAGAACUACUUGGAGGGAAUCUACAAUCCGGAGUACCAGGUUCCUCCUACGACGGACAAACGGAAGAUGGAGCGUAAAGUCCAGACACAAACAGUUCAGACCCUAAUCCACGAGGCAUACACAAAAUUCGGCGAGGAAAUCACACAGCAGCGCAUCGAGGAGUUACGCAACAAACAUCGCCGCUUAACGAUGCGGCAGUUCGAUAUCGACAACGAGAAGACCAUUGUUAAGGCCUACGUCCAGAAUGCGUAUUUCAGCCGCAGUGAACUGCAUAUGCUGCUCACCAUAAUCCGGGAGGAAAAGCACGCCCUCAAGUCUCUGCAACAGCAGCAGCAAAAGGUUCAAUGCCCCUUAUCUGAGACUCCCCAGCUGGUGCCUCAGUCCCCAAGCAGACCGAUUCAAGAUGCCGGCGCAUUUGGAGGCAGAUACGAGGCUUACAGUGUCAACUAUGAGGUAUUCCACACGCUUUUUACGGAACUCACGCCCUGGCGCAAGUGCGUCAGUGUAGACAUUGGCGAAAAACUGUUCAGGCUUACAGAUAAGAAGGGAACUGGCGUUCUCGACUUUGGACAGCUCAUCAAUGCCUUGGGCCUGGUCUGCUCCAACAAGAACAUGGAGAAGCUGAAACUCCUUUACGUUCUGCAUCUUCCGCCUCUGUUGUCCAAAGCGGAGAUUGAGCGUUCACGUCGCCCGCGCCCACGCAUAAAAGAUGAUGCCGAGGAGGCUUUCGAGGCGGAGGAUUUCUUUGAUAAUGACGCCUCUGAGUCGAUGGAAGCGCUGCCCUCGCCCUCGGAUCACAACUUUGAUGCCGAUGACUUUGCCCUGAUUAGUGCCACUCAGCAUCUGCACAACCUGGCUGGAAUCUCGGGCAACACAUUUAUGGACCUGUCACGCACUCCCAAUCUGUCGCUGAACUCUAACACCUCCUCGUUGGCGCAUCGCAGCUCAACCUUCUAUGUGGACCUGCCGGGACUCCAGGGUACUGCAACAUCCACUGAUGCUGGGCGGGACGAAGACGAACUCCAGCGAGAGCUUCGCCAGCAGGGCCGUUACGAAUCGAUUGACACAUUUUCGGAUAUUUCAGAUCUGGGAGCGGCACGCAUUACGCCGCCCGGACUGGCUGCGGCAGCCGGAGCAGCCUCUGCUGCGGCCGCUGAUCACAUGCUUCUCAAUGUCGAGACUAUUUCAAAUUUCUCACAGAUCAGCGACCUAGUUGCGGCCACACGGCUGGAGCGUGCCGACUCGAAUGCCACGGACUCGCGCAGCUUGGGCAGUCUUGGCUAUCUGCUGGACCAGCCGGAUGAAGGCGCUUCUAGUUCGCAGCACAGCAUUCCCCACAUGCGUAAGGAGAAUUUUCAGCUGUUGUGGCGGAGCAUCAUAGAGAUCAUGGGUCUGGUCCAGGAUGAAGAGAUGCAAAGGGCUUAUGAGAAUCUCCUUGAGCUUGGCAACAGCAACAUUAAGAAGGAGCCCAGCCUGGAAAGCUUUACCCAGCUAAACAUGGGUAGCGAUGAGCAACCGGAUAGCAAUGGCAAUCCGACCACUCCCGCAGCAGAGCCCAUUGGCACCACACGCCUCUUUGUGGCUUUGGAAGAGGAGCUGCGUCAGGCGAGCGGAAAGUCCCGGACAACAACGACAAGCAGCGGGGACAGCAGCAGCAGCAGCACUAACAUUUCCGAGUCCUGGCACAUAUCUAUCAGCCAGUUCAUCGCUACGGUUUUGACCGUCAACAGCAUUGUAAGAGGUUUCCAAACAUCCAUCCAAAUAAGCGAACAGAUCGAGCAAUUGCAAAAGAAGCGGCGGAAGUGUUUGUCUACCAAUUACUGAAUUAUCAUAGUCCUAUCCCUUUCCUAUCCCCCCAAAAAUGUAUUAGCCAUAUUCUAUGAGAACCUGACCGACCCCUUAUCCUUGUGCAAUGCGACAAGCUUUUAAACGUAUCCAUGUUAUAUGUAUGUAUAUUGUAUUGCCUCUACCGUUAAGUUAAGACAAUUGUUUGUGAAUAUAAUUCUAUUAUUCCUAUUAUACAACGCAGUCACAUAUAAAUAAUGA